ACAUGCCAUCCCAGGGAGUAAAGGGUGCUCGGGAGCGGGCCAAAAAGAGUACACCAGGAGCUGGAGCUGGUAAGAAAGGCAUGAAGGGCCAGUGGACCACAGAGCCUCCAAAACCAGGCUGGGCCUUGACUCAGGAGAAGCUGGCGGCCAUGCUCCCCACACAACGCCACCGUCACUUGCUCUUUGGAGACCUGCUCGACGACGCAGGCGCGGCCGCUUCCAUCUUUCCACGCGAGUCGGUGGAGGUACCCUACAGCAUGCCCGACCCGCGCACCUGGACGCAGGCAUUGGAACUACCAGCUGAGCGUCAGAAUCGGCUUCUGGGCGUCCUCAAGGCUGCAGAGGCCCGCAGCCGGGUCCGCGCCCUGAGAUUGCGCUACACCCGAAUGCGGGCAGAGGAAAUCACGCUCCUGAUACGGAGUCAGGGUUCCGCGCGCGCCGCCAUCCGGCUGGAACUGUUCCUGCCACCCCAACUAAAGCCCACGAAGAUACCAGAUCCUCUGGACCGACAAGAGCGGAGGCGUGUUGAGACAAUCCUAGAAGAGACGGUAGAUGGCAGCAUCUUCCCGCGAUAA